AUGGACACUUGCAACUUGGAAAUUCUCGAUAUUCAUUUGAACUCACGCUAUGUGGAAGAUUAUUUGGAGCGUUUUGAGAUUUGGUGUCUCACCCGCCAAAGUUUGGACGCCGAGAAGAAGACAGCACAUUUUCUCUCAGCUGUUGGGGAGGAAGCUUAUGCGCUGGUUAAAAAUUUGGCAUUCCCAGAGUCCCCAAUACAACUGAAGUAUGAA